UAUCGAUUGAUUAAUCGAUAGUACUGAUGGUGGAAACAGACUGUCAGGUAAAAGUUGAAACAGCUGUUUUCUCCAAAUACCGGAGCAAUAACAAAUGCAAUCAGUGUGAAAAUUUUCGUACCAAAAAAAACAAAGUCCAGAUCCAAGAAAAUGUUGCGUAAAACGUUGAAAAGUUUGGUUCAUCCGUCGGUGCUAAGUCGCCAAAUGUCGAUUGUGGCCAGAUCACUGAAGUACACACAGCACGGGGAGCCACAGGAUGUGUUGCAGAUUGUGGAGGAUAGGCUGACGGAGCCAAGGGAUCAGCAGGUGCUGGUUAAAAUUCUAGCAGCCCCCAUUAAUCCCGCUGACAUCAACACCAUACAGGGGAAAUAUCCAGUGAAGCCAACAUUUCCGGCAGUUGGUGGCAAUGAGUUUGUUGGCCAAGUAGUCUGUGUGGGCGACAAGGUUAAGGACUUGCAGCCAGGAUCACAUGUGGUGCCACUAGCCACUGGUAUGGGCACCUGGACGACGCACGCUGUCUACAACGAGGAUCAAUUGAUGGCCAUAUCCAACAAGGUGGGCUUGGCAGAGGCGGCAACCAUAACCGUGAAUCCCUGCACCGCUUAUCGCAUGCUCAAGGACUUUGUGAAGCUAUCACCAGGUGAUACGGUCAUACAGAACGGUGCCAACAGCGCUGUCGGCCAAGCUGUCCAUCAACUGUGCCGAGCUUGGGGCAUCAACAGUGUCGGCAUUGUGCGCAAUCGCCCGGAGAUUGCAGAGUUGAAGAUGAUGCUUGAAUGUCUGGGCGCCAAUGCUGUGCUAACCGAGGAAGAGAUGCGUACCUGUGACCUCUUUAAAUCCGGCAAACUGAAACGUCCCAAGCUGGCAUUCAACUGUGUGGGCGGCAAGAGUGCAACGGAAGUGUCGCGACAUCUGGACGACCGUGGUGUUAUGGUCACCUACGGCGGCAUGUCCCGUGAGCCGGUGACCGUCGCUACUGGUCCGCUCAUUUUCAAGGAUAUUGCAUUUCGUGGAUUCUGGAUGACACGCUGGUCCAAAGAGAACUAUAAUACAACGGAGCGUUCCAAAAUGUUCAGGGAACUUUGCCAGCUGAUGGAGGAAGGCAAGUUUGUGGCUCCCACACAUGAGAUGGUGCCUCUGGAGAAGUUCAAGGAAGCCGCCAUAGCAGCGCUCAAUUUCAAGGGCUUUACCGGCAAGAAAUUCAUUCUAGACAUGAGCUGUUAAAUGUGAUAUAUACUCUUACAUAUGUUAAUUUUAAAUUCGAAAUAGAGACUACAUUUGAAAACGA